AUGACUACCACAAACAUAGAACUAUAUAAAAGUUGUGUUUUUGAAAUAAACUCUAUUGUUCAUCAAUUAGAUGCUUUAAUUGAUAUAACAAAAGAAUAUGGUGAAUAUUAUCAAGGAAGAGCUACUUUAGAAAUAGAGUAUGGAAAGAAAUUAUUAGGACUAAUUACUUAUGUUAACACUCCAUCAUUUGGUAAAGAAGAUUCAAAAAAAUUUCUUCAAACGUUUGUUAUUUCACAGAAAGUUCAUAAUGAAAAUUCACUUAUUUCUUUGUAG